GCGCAUUAAUUGGUUGGGCUCGGCCCUGAUCCUGAACUAAUUAUCGCUGAAGUGGAUAUAUAUAUAAUAUCCAAACAAUCACGUAAUUUGGUUUCUCAAAAUUUCCCACCAUUACCAGGACGCUUUUACGGCAGUGAAGUCGACUGCCAAGAAGGGCCGUCGGUGAUCGCUAUACAUUGGCUUUCGCAGUCUUUAGAUCUGUGGCACUACUCUCAAUACGCCAUUGAAACUGAAAUUUCCGGUCAAUAUCCUCUUCGCUUACCAGAUUACAGAGAGAGAGAGAAUGGCUGUGAAUCGGACUGGUUUAUGUAGCCCCGGCGUGUUGAAGGUGGCUUUAGCUGUGAUGGCUAUGUGCUUGGCCGGAUACAUAGUGGGUCCGCCACUGUACUGGCACGUCACCGAAGGUUUGGCUGCAGUUCGCCACGCCUCUUCUUCUUCUUCCGCUUCUUGCCCUCCUUGCAAUUGUGAUUGCAAUUCUCAGCCCCUUCUCUCCUUGCCCGAAGGGUUAAGCAACUUCUCCUUUACAGACUGUGCAAAGCAUGAUCAGGAGGUAAACGAAGACAUGGAGAAGAACUUUACAGAUCUAUUGUCAGAGGAAUUGAAGUUACGGGAAGCUGAAUCAUUGGAAAACCAACAACGUGCAGACAUGGCAUUACUUGAGGCUAAGAAAAUGGCAUCUCAGUAUCAAAAGGAAGCAGACAAGUGCAAUUCAGGGAUGGAAACCUGUGAAGAGGCGAGGGAGAAAGCUGAAGCUGCAUUAGUAGCACAGAAGAAAUUGACUAUAAUGUGGGAGCUUAGGGCACGGCAGAGAGGUUGGAAGGAAGGAAGCACACAGUCUCAUGCUCAGUCUUGAAUGGAUGUCCAGGUGAUGUAUAGGCUAUUCAAGGGAAAUAUAUUAGGAUGAUCUCAAGGGCCUCUUUCGUCAACAUUACCUACUCUUAUUGAUGAAUGACAACAUUCUCAAUAGCACACCAAAGAUGAUAAUUUGGUGGGGGCUAACAUGGAAGAGGUUGUAGGCUAUAUUGUGAUUAGUGAAUCUCACAAAUCACAAUUGGUUCACUCAAUCCGAAUUAUUGGUUAUUAUCUUUUUUCUGGUUGGCAUAGUAAUAUCUCCUAGUCAGUUUGGCUUCUAGAAGCUUGUUAUAUGUAAAAGAGCCAAGGCUCCAAAAGUGUUCAGCACGUUUCUUACUUUUAAGUUUACAAAGAGCAAGGGUCAUCUGUCUUCUUUUAA